CAAUCAUGGCUCACAAACUCGUCUUCUCCCACAAUAUAGCUAGUUUUAUCCCUUUCCUUUUAGUCUUCCACUUUAUCCCCGUCGUGGUCUCACAGUUUCCAUACGGAUACAGUCAGCUGAGCUAUCGUUUCUACGAUUGGUCAUGCCCUAGAUUGACCAACAUGGUUAAGUAUGGCGUCUGGGCUGCUUAUAGGAACGAUACCAGGAUUGCUGCCUCCCUCCUUCGCUUGCACUUUCAUGAUUGUUUCGUUAAUGGUUGCGAUGGAUCGGUACUCCUCGACGACACUGAUGACAUGACGGGCGAAAAGAACGCUUUACCGAACCGAAAUUCAGUUCGAGGGUUUGAAGUUAUAGACAACAUAAAAGAAGAUGUCGAAAGGUUUUGCCCAUCAACUGUUUCAUGUGUCGAUAUAUUGACUCUUGCAGCAAGGGAAGCUGUUGUCCUGGCAGGAGGGCCGUCGUGGCCAGUAAUGUUAGGGCGACGAGAUGGGGUAACCGCAAGUCAACAAGCAGCUAAUGAGCAAUUGCCAUCACCUUUUGAGCCUUUGGAAAAUAUUACUGCAAAAUUCACAUCUAAGGGUCUUGACCUUAAGGAUGUUGUUGUCCUUUCAGGAGCUCAUACCAUAGGUUUCGCUCAAUGUUUCACUUUCAAAAAUAGACUCUUCAACUUUCGAGGCUCAGGUAAACCGGACCCUAUGCUCGACUCUUCAGCACUCACCAAUUUACAAACCAUGUGCCCAAACAUUGACUCCUCGAACACCAACCUCGCCCCGCUCGACUCGGGUAGCAUGUACAGGUUCGACAACAAGUACUACACGAACCUUGUGAACAAUGCCGGGCUUCUCGAAUCCGAUCAAGUCCUGAUGCAAGACUCAAAGACCGCUGCGAUGGUUAAUUCCUAUAGCAUGAAUUCUUUCCUUUUCGGGAAUGAUUUUGGGACAUCAAUGGCUAAGCUUGGGAACAUUGGUGUUCUUACUGGGAAUAAGGGACAAAUUAGAAAGAAGUGUGGGGCAGUUAACGUAUGAUUUGGAUUAAAUUGAUAGGAUCUUAAAUGUUGGUCUUAUGUAUGCAAUGUUUUAAGGUUAAUGGUUGGUUAGUUUUAAAUCAAAUGCACCAUUUUAUGUUGUCAAUACUCAAUGUACUAUACAAUAAAUUGGUGUUUGUUCCUUUUUGCUA